UCAGAGAUGUGGGUUAUUUGACAAGACCAUUAUGGGAUAAGGACAUGGAUCCUUGGAACGUUACUAAUCAUUACUACGCUUUUGGCGUUCCAGCAGAAAAGCUCUGCAAAUUGCAUAAUUGGACGCCUCGCAAGAAACGUCCAAAGAUAUUUGACGCUGUAAUCUUUAGUGUCGAGUUGGAUCUACUGGAAAUUCGUCUACGAGAAUUGUGGGAUGUGGUUGAUCACUUUAUAAUUCUGGAGUCGGACAAAACAUUCACUGGUGAAGAAAAAGAAAUGCUUUUUGCCAAUAAUAGGGACAAAUUCUCAUGGGCAGAGCAAAAAAUAGUCUAUAGACCGUGUAAUUAUCUGACUCCUCUUGGGAAAGGCGAAAACCCAUUUAGGAAUGAAGCAAAGAUGCGCAUUUGCAUGAAUAACAUAAUUAGAGAGUCGGGAAUAAGACCUGGUGAUCUCGUAAUAAAUGCUGAUGUUGAUGAAAUUCCAUAUAGCCAUACUAUAGAUCUUGUUCGCUCAUGCGAGGGCUAUCCUAAAAAAUUACACCUGGAAAUGC